AUGCCAGACAUAGAAUCCGUGCUAGAGUCCACCGCCGAGAUAUCCAAGCCCAAUGCCGAAAUCCGCAUCAAAUAUGGCGAAACGAAGCGCGGCCUCUCCCCGCGCCACAUCCAACUCAUGUCCAUAGGCGGCUCCAUCGGCACAGGCCUCUUCGUCGGCAUAGGCGGUAAACUAUCCCAGUCUGGACCGUUGUCCUUAUUAUUGGGCUACCUCCUAUGGGGCCUCCUGUUCAUCUGGCCGUGUAAUUUGUGCGUGGCCGAAAUGUGCGCGUACCUCCCUGUGCGGGGGUCGAUAUUCGAGCUCGCGAGCAGGUUUGUCGAUCCGGCGCUGGGGUUUGCCAUGGGAUGGACGUAUUUCUACGCGGGCGUCAUGCUCGUUUGUGUGGAGUAUAGUGCCGUGGCGACGGUGAUGCAGUACUGGAACCAGAGUGUGAAUCCUGCCGUGUGGAUUAUCAUGGCGAUGAUUGUGUGUAUAGGCCUGAAUGUGGUGGCUGUCAAAUACUAUGGCGAAGCUGAAUUCAUCAUGGCUUCCACCAAGAUCAUCCUCCUCUUUGGCCUCGUCUUCCUCACAGUCAUCACCAUGUGCGGCGGGAACCCUCGCCAUGACGCCUACGGCUUCCGGUACUGGAAGAACGGUCUCGCCAUGCAUCCGUACUAUGCGGACGGCGCUGUAGGCCGCUUCCUCGGCUGGUGGAAGGUCAUGCUCUAUGCUGGUUUUACGAUUUCUGGACCAGACAUGAUUGCCCUUGCUGCGGGGGAGAUUCAGAACCCCAGACGCACGAUACCCCGUGUUGCGAAGCUCAUUUUUUAUAGAUUGGUGGGGUUCUAUGUAGUUGGUGUUUUGGCAGUGGGCAUUAUUUGCAGCUCGAGAGAUCCGAGACUCAUGGGUGCUGUUGAGAAUAACGAGGCAGGGUCAGCGGCGAGUCCCUGGGUGAUUGGGAUUCAGAACCUGGGUAUCCCCUUUCUGCCGCACCUCAUUAAUGCGAUGAUCUUGCUGUCCGGGUGGUCUUGUGGAAAUGCGUAUCUGUACUCGUCGUCCAGGACGCUCUACGGUCUCGCAAGAGAUGGACAAGCCCCCAGGUUCCUCAUGAAGUGCACCAAGGCCGGCGUACCAGUCUACUGCGUCGCCAUCGUCAGUCUCAUAACCUGCAUAACUUUCCUCGUGACGGCAAACUCGGCCGUCGAAGUGUUCAACUGGUUCGUUGACCUCACCACCACGGGCCUCAUCGCCACAUACACCAUCAUGCUGGUAAUUUUCGUCUUCUGGCACCGUGCACGUAGACAACAGGGCCUCAAGAACAGCUCUUUGCCGUACGUGGCUCCCCUUCAGCCGUACGGAGCGUACUUUGCUCUGGCCCUUGGUAUUACUGCGCUCGUGUUCAUCGGCUUUGAUUCGUUUGUGCCCUUCAAGGCGAGAGGGUUCGUGACCGGCUACUUUUGUAUUCCGUAUAGUAUAACUCUGUAUUUCGGAUGCAAAAUCUGGAAGAAGACCAAACUUGUUGACCCGCGCACUGCGGAUCUGGUGAGCGGCAAGGCGGAGGUGGAUGAAGAGUGUAGGGUCUGGGAGGAGGGUGGUAUUGAGAAGAAUUACAAGGCUAGCUUGGCGGAACUGCCGUUUUGGAGGAAAUGUUGGGAGAGGCUGUGGUAG